AUGCAUGCGUACGAGCCCGUCACCCCUGGAAGGGAUCCUGCCGCCAUUGAUAGGCGCAUGUUGGUCGGGGUUGGAGAACUCGCUACUCCACGCUGGGCGCGGGGUGCUCGCAACGACGACUUCGAGUUUGUGACGCAGGACCGUGUGGAGGAGGUUAACGAGGACGACAUCAUCGACGUGGAUGCCAUGGAUGACGAGGCGAGGGACUCGGAUAGCCCAUGGACAAUAGAAGCGAUUGACGGGGAGCCAGAGGACUCUGAGAAGAACGAGCCCCUUAUGGAAGUAAAACACUCCGCUCGCGCGGUUCGCAAUCGUCGUUCAAUUGCUGAGGAGAGCGGUGGAGAAGAGAUUCUAUACCCCCGCCAUCCUCCGCAGCCCCAUCCCUCCGACAUGCCUUCUAUCCCUCGAAUCCCUUCAGAUGUCGACAAUGACUCCUCUGCUGUGUCCUCGUCUUCCGCCGAUGCAGGGCCUCCUCCAAGUGCCUUCUCAACACCACCGAACCGUCCUAGAAAACGGACAUCGGAGGAGUUCGAGUUGGACAACGGCGUACUUGUAUCCAAGCUUUCUCCCGGUACGGCCACGCCUGGCACUGCCAAGGAGAAAGACAAGGCACGGAGACAUCGAAGUCUAGGAGUCGGUAUCCCAUCACAGACCACCCCCAAGGAUAAAGGCAAGGAUCGCAGAAGGGACACGCUCUCGGUGAGCGUCCGUCACUCUCGCCAAGGAUCUUCAGGCUCGACGCCUGCGGAGACCCACCACUCCCGGCGAAUGCAUACGUCUGACUUCUCCCACCUUCCCCCGUCGCCGUCGUCGUCAUCAAUCCAGCAGUUCCUGAAGCACGGCGGCAAUUCGAGCAGCUCUGCGUCAUCCCCUCUGAACACCCAGCCUCACGUCGCGGCCAACGUCGCCCACUCCCUCCUCCGUGGCACUCAGGAGGGGUGGUCUGAUUUGGAUGAUCAAACGACAAUGGAGGCGCUCAGGAAACUUGACGGUCUUUCGGGCAAGGCAGCACGUGCCCGCUCUAGCAUUGGUGGACACAGUAGGGUCAGCAGCAGUAGUCGCCCAGGCACGCCGGCCAAAGCUUCCGGGCAGUGGGAAGGCAUCGAAAGCAGCACCAGCAAGAGCGGCAAACGAACCAGCACCCACGCGCCGUCGAACGAGGGCAAGAAGUCGAGGGACAGCACUCACAGAAUGUCCUCUGGGCUCGGGCUCGGGCUCGGGCUAUCUGUGGAUGGGUCUGCGGAAGUCGAGCACGUCGUACCGGAUGCUGGCGAUGCCGUUCUUAGCUCUCCCAUCCCGGAGAAAUCGAUACCUGCGAAGAAAACGGGCUCUGCCAGUGCACGCUCGAGUUUCACGCCGAAGAGGGGCUCUGCAUCCUCGGGCACCUAUGCAAGUACCCCCACUACGAACGGCUCGCGUGACUCGGCCCAGCUUUCCGUCGCUACCAGCGCCACAUCUGUCUCCCGGCAAUCGUCUCAGAAGGCCAGGCGCAACAGUGCGGGCAGCGACAUUUCUCUCGGACAUGCCAGCGACCCGACUUCUGCUCGCGACCGCGCUGCCUCCCUUGUCGGUAAUGUCGAUUCGGCGGAGGAGAGCUAUGUACCACCGGUGCCACCACUGCCGAAGGAGCUGUCGACGUACAAGUCUCCGCUUGCCUCUCCCAGCGUCGCCGUCCCUCCUUCCCACGAUUACGUUGAUGCUCUCCCCGAUCGGAGCAGGCGGGAAACCUUCAACGAUGUGACCUUCCCAUCCACUCUCGAGCCUCCACCCUUCCCGUCUACCCCGUCGAAGCACAGUUCUCUUCAAGUUCCCAAGUCGACCACGCCGACGAACCUCCACAAGACCCCGUCAAAGAAGUGGAGUUUCUCGAGCGCCUUGGGCAAGAAGCUAUCGUCCACGCCUUCGACGUCCUCGAUGAAGGAUGCUGUUCAGGCGAAAUCACCUAUAACCAGCCCUCGCGCGAUGUCAUUCGGACAACAAAUCCGGAAGUCAAUGUCGAGGGAGAAGCGCCUAUCCCCAACCUCCAAGCCAUCUUCCGGCGGGGAGUGGUCGCCGGUUAAUCAAGCCGCCAUGACCUCUGCGACCUCACUGGCCUCAUUGUCGUCUGUGGGUUCCACACACGCCCUGUCUCCGGUGAUCCCAGGGCAGCCCAAUGUGAUCCCUGCGAAGACGCCGGACCGCCUUGUUUCCAGCAGGGCUGAUACUGCGUCCCAUGCCAGCACCAAUGUCCCGGCUGCGCCCAUGAGCCCUUCGGCGUCUGUGCGUCGCAAUCCGUCGACGAAGCGCCUUACACCGUCCUCGAUACCCUUUUUCAGGCGAUCUUCGUCGCAGUCAAUGCAGGUUCCUCCACCCAGUUUGCCGCCGACCUCCAUCUCUCCGACCACAUCCUCGGGCCCCCCAUCAGCCACUCACCUCCGCGCUCCGAGCGCCACCUCCCCGACAAAGGACAAUAGUGUUUCUUCUGUCAACGUCCCAAGCUCUGCCAAGAAGUCAUCGGUCCUCAGCCUGGGACUACCCUCCCUCUUAAAGGGCUCCAGCUCUCGCCGUAGCCUGCACUCCGGCGGGGAAGGCAAGGGUGACGCGAAGAGCAGCCGCGAGAGUAACGCUGGGCUGUCGGACCGAGAGCGCUCCAAGAAGGACGACAAAGACCGUAGUGAAAGCAGGAUCUCGGUGCUAAUGGGUAGAAAGAGGGGCAAGACGCUUUCGUCUGCCCAGCAACCGCCUAAGAAAACAGAGCCCGUGGCUAUGCCUCCCAUGCAGAUCUCGGCUUUGCCUCCGUCCACCGCUGCGCGCGUGGCUAACCUCAAGUCUACUUCACAGUCAUCCUUGACCUCGAGCACGGGCUCUGUUAAAGGUGGCAGUUCCGCGCGCGCCACUGCCCAGACCCUCAGCUCGAUGCAGAAGCAAUCGGAUACGUCACUCCGCCGCCACCAGCUGCCGACCAUUGCGGGUUCCCCCUCUGUCGGCGGCCUCCAGCCCGCAGCCCGCGACGUCAAGGACGGACCGCCCCUUGCUGCACUCAACACCUCCGCCGGCCUCCCGAAGGAGACCCCGACCAAGAUCCCCCGCAUCUCCAGCCGCUCUUCCGCCGCCAACUCACCCACGCUCAAGGCGAACGGGGCGAGCCGCAGGGCGAGCGUCAUCGCGGGUAGCGGCCUUGCGUCGUCGAGGGGAGCAUCGCCGGCGGGUGGGAGCGAGUCGAUGAACGAGUUCGGGGUCUUGGAGAACGGAGUGGCUUCUACAUCCAAGACGGCACGUACCUCAGUUCGCAACUCUCCCCAGACGCCGUCUUCACGAGUCCCCCGCCAGGUCUCUGGGACGAACGGCAGCACGAUUCCCCGCAAGAACCGCGAGUCACUGUCAUUCGGCGGGCUGCGCAAGUCGUCGACGAGCUCGGUCACGUCAAACAACUCAGGUGCGCAGCACGAGCAGCCGCAAGCCUCGCAUUCGCACCACCGCUUCUCUGCGCUCUCGCCGUCCAAGGGGUUGAAGCUCUUGAGCCCCAAAGUAUCACUUCCCACCGCCCGCGCGUCCAACAACUCUUCAUCCACCCAUAGCAUCCAGCAGGCCCUCGGUUCCCCGUCCACUAGCAGGCAGAGUCUCUCUACGCCGUCUCCGGCGCCGAGCUCUGUCGACGAGGAGGAGCUUCUGGGUGAUGAGGAGAUGAUGCAGUACAUCAAGCGGCAGCAGGCGAAGAAGUUGCAGAGCGGUUCGACCCAAGAGGAUCUCGACGCGAUGCUCCGCUUCCCCGAACCCAUCCCCCCCGCCGCCGCUUUGUCUCCCCAAGCUCUCCUCGAAAGCGACCAGGUCCGCUGGCUAUCACAGUACGAGUGCCGUGAGGUCCUCGACUACGAGUCCAUCUACUUCACCGGCGCGCGUAGCGACAAAAAGAUGGCCACUCCGGACAUCGCGACCAACAACUACGGGUACGAUGACGAACGCGGCGACUACCUGGUCAUCAACCACGACCACCUGGCGUUCCGCUAUGAAGUCAUCGACACGCUGGGCAAGGGCUCCUUCGGGCAAGUACUUCAUUGCCGUGACCACUGCACUGGGGAGUCCGUGGCGAUCAAGAUCAUCCGGAAUAAGAAGCGCUUCCACCAUCAAGCUUUGGUUGAGAUCAAGAUUCUGGACAACCUGAGGAAAUGGGACGCGGAAGAGAAGCACCAUGUGAUCAAGAUGACCGAGCACUUCUACUUCCGUGGUCACCUAUGUAUCGCGAUGGAACUCCUGAGCAUCAACCUCUACGAGCUCAUCAAGGCAAACAACUUCCACGGUUUCACCACCGGCCUUAUUCGUCGUUUCACGAGCCAGAUGCUUCAGUCACUUGCGCUCAUGCGUCACCACCGCAUUGUACAUUGCGAUCUCAAGCCCGAGAACGUUCUCCUUCGUCAUCCCGCCAAGAGCGCGAUCAAGGUUAUCGAUUUCGGUAGCAGCUGUUUGGAGCACGAGAAAAUAUAUACAUACAUCCAGAGUCGCUUCUACCGCUCCCCAGAGGUCAUCCUCGGCAUGAACUACCACAUGGCGAUCGACAUGUGGAGUUUAGGUUGCAUCAUGGCCGAGCUUUACACGGGAUUCCCGAUCUUCCCUGGCGAGAACGAGCAAGAGCAGCUCGCCUGCAUCAUGGAAGUGCUCGGCGUGCCGGACAAGGACUUCGUGAACCGCAGUUCGCGAAAGAGGCUCUUCUUCGAUACUACGGGCGCACCUCGGCCUGUCGUGAACUCAAAGGGCAAGAGGCGGCGUCCUGGCACCAAGACCUUGGCGCAGGCGCUCAAGAACCCUUCGGAUGAUCUCUUCAUCGACUUCAUCUCAAAGUGCUUGGUGUGGGAUCCUGAGCGGCGGUUGAAGCCGCAGGCUGCCCUCCGCCAUCCGUACAUCACUGCCGGGCGGCGAACCAAGCCUGUCAACUCGACUCCGUCGACGGCGAAGACGCUGCUUCAGACGGCGUCGUCGAACCUCGGUAGCCGCAACACGAAGGUGACCGAGACGCCAAAGAAGUCGCUCAUCAGUGCGCCGACGCCGCUCACCGCUCGUUCGUCGCGUACGCUGGCCGUGCCGAGCACUCCGAGCGGGUCGACCAGUAUGCACAGCACCCUUGGCUCCGCUUCUCGGUCGUAUCGUGCCUCACAAGCGCAGUCCAUAUCUUCAUACCACUCUAGCCGCACCAUGGUGAGUUUCCCGUCGAGUGUCAAUUCACUGUCGAUUUUGACCGUCUGCUCUUCCAGACCACCCGAUGACCUCCAUGACAGGGAACUAUGUAUUUCUGCUACUCUAAUCGCAUCCUCGCAGACUAUCGACGAUAUCUACUCUAUGCUGACGAAUUUCGAGCUGGUCUGUCCUAGUUGGUCCUUUGCUAUCCCAUACCCCCCAUUCGAUUCGUUGUAG